AAGCCUUUCAUUAUUGGAUGAAUAAUUCAACUAAAAGAGUUGGGUUUGGCAUUUUAUAGAGAAUUCAGUGCAGGGAAUGUUUUAAGGCGGCUCGUCUUUCACCGGAUUGAUCAUUCAUCGUGCAUCUUUUGCACAGUGAAGCCAAUAAUAUAAAGACAGCGAUACAAUAUGCUCAUAUUGCAAAGUGCACCAGGUUUCCCGUGCAAAUGUGAGCAUGAUUUCUAUGAAAUAUGAUCAGGAUUUGGCUCUAAAGCUCCUCAUAUCUCAGUGUUUUCCUUCGGCAUGCUGCAUUAAAGCAGCACAGAGUGCAUGGCAGUGUGAAACAAUCAAAGCCAAUUUCAGAAAAUGCUGUUAAAUCUUGCAGAUGAAGGGCAUAUAGUGGUAUAGGUAUGUAAAUCUUUGCAGUCCUGUGUGUAUGUGUGCAUGUGUGUGUGUGUGUGUGGAAGCGGCUCACAUCACCUCCUGGAGAGUCAGUUUAACACUGAGGUCGUGCAGAUUCCUUACAGACACAUUGAGGCUAAUGGGAUGAAUGAAUGAACCCUCUGCCUUCAAGGAGACCACUUAUUAGUCGAGCCACUGAGUAAUGGAGGACCCCCCCUCUACAUCUGUCAUGUGGUGUCUGUGGUCUGACUCUGUCUGGACUCCUUCUGGCCAAAACUAUGUGUCUGUAGAAAACAUAAUAUGAUGCUUUUAAGUGCUUCCACAUGGUAUUUACCCAUUUCUAACUCAAAGAUAUAUUGUGUGUUCAUGUUUUCUCAUAGAAAAGAAAAAUAUAUAGGUGAUGUGGGGAUGUUUUUAUAUGAUGGUACAACAAAUAUGAGUUUCUGUAGUAAAAAAAAAUAUAUCUGUAGAUAAAAUUCACUUGAUCGACCCAAAAAAAGCCUGCAGUAGCUGAGUGAACUCACCUAAUAAGACCUAAACCACUCUCCCACACAACAGCUCUUUGUCGGCUUCUUGCAUUGUGUGGCACACUUUAAGCUCACAACCAGAGGGGGAUUAAAUGGAAGCACAUGAUGAUUCAACCCCGUGAUUUCUCUGAGAAGUUGGGUCAUGGACUCAGUCAUUUCCUCUCCUUUCCUUUUUUCCCCUUCUUCUACUUUCUGCUCCUCUCACUCCCCUCUCUCUUCCCCUCUCUCCUCUUCCUCCUCCUCGGCUGUCCGCGAUGGCGUCCCCGCGCCUGGAGACCUUCUGCUGCCCGAACCGGGACGCGGCCACCGGAUUCUGCCCAAGCGCAAAGGAUACCGGAGGCUGGGACAGUACCCUCUGCCGAGGCCCGCGUCCUCCUCCCGGAUCCUGUUCAUCAUCAGUGUCUGUGACAUUCUGGGCUGUGCAGGUAUCGUGGUCAGGUCGUCCGUGUGGCUGGGCCUGCCAAACAUCGUGGACAGCAUCUCUGUGGCCAACAACACCGACGUCUGGCCAGAGGUCUUCUGCGUGGGCAGUGCAAUGUGGAUCCAGUUGUUUUUCAGCGCUUCCUUUUGGUGGACCUUCUGCUACGCCGUCGACGUCUUCCUGGUGGUUAAGACGUCUGCAGGAAUCAGCACCAUUGUCCUCUACCACAUGAUCACUUGGGGUCUGGCGGUGCUGCUGUGCAUUGAAGGGGUGGCCAUGCUCUACUACCCCUCCAUUUCUGAUUGCGAGCAGGGCCUCCAGCACGCCAUCCCGCACUACGUGACCACAUAUGCCCCCAUGCUGCUCGUCCUCAUCGCCAACCCCAUCUUCUUCAGCCGGACAGUGUCUGCAGUCACCUCGCUGCUGAAGGGACGGCAGGGCAUCUACACCGAGAACGAGAGGCGUCUGGCCAACGAGAUCAAAAUCCGCUUCUUUAAAAUAAUGCUGGUGUUCUUCAUCUGCUGGAUUCCCAACAUCAUCAACGAGGGCCUCCUCUUCUAUCUGGAGAUGCAGGCGGACAUCGACGACGGAGGGUUCAGGGACAUCCGGAACGCAGCCCUCAUCACCUGGUUUAUCAUGGGCAUCCUGAACCCCAUGCAGGCCUUCCUCAACACGCUGGCGUUCCACGGCUGGACGGGCUUCGACGUGGACCUCAGCCUGCGGCGGCGCCGGGAGCUGGCCUGGGACUCCGCCUCCACCUCGGCGCCCAACGCCGGCAGCCACAACCCCGUGGUGGGAACCACCCUGCUCUACCAGAGCCACGUGCAGGCGGCCCAGAAGAGCAUGAUGGGAAACGGGCAGCAUCACUCCGACGCCAUCAGCGUCCUGUCAGAAGGUUCAGAGUCUAGUACAGUUGAAAUCCACAUUUCCAGCGAGCUGCCAGACUAUGAGGACGUAGACGCGGACGGAGAAUCCCUGGAGAACUCAGUGAGGCACUAGCCGGGCCCGUCUUCAGUCCGCCUCUGUCGUCCUGCGCAGCACGGCGCCGCUUCCCCCUCUCUUUUGCUAUAGUUUGUCUCCUUCUGGCCUGUGCUGUCCUGUCCGGGUUCGGCGGAGCAGGUCCCGGUCUUGAUUUCAAGUUUGUCACUCGACAGAACAAACACGAUAUUUUCCAAUCAACAGUUUUACAGUCCGACCUUUAAAAGUACUUGUAGUGCUCGAGGACAGAUUCCUCCAGGCCUCCUCUUUCACUUGGUUGCACUGGAUUUGUAAAAACAAAAAUGCACUUUUGACAUCAAGCUGAAACAGAAUGUAAUAAGCUAGAGUAGCUUUUUUUUCUUUUUUGAACAGUUGUUUAAUUUCCUACCAUCUUUCUUGUAUUUUUGCACACUUGUAUUUUGUGUUAUUAAA